AGGAGAAGUGUAACAUGUGGGACAGUGGGGAGUGCCGCGAGGGAGAGGGCUCUGGGAAGAGGUCGGCAAACUGGCAAAGUGGACUUUAGAAAGAAAUCAUGGUGAAUUAACCCCUUUGGCUCGCCAUCAAACAGCCAACGAACGAAGAAGCCAGCCGGCAAAGUGGUGCCAUUUGCUUCCCUCUUCUCGCAUCUCCUCUAUCCGUCCGCCCUUCGCUUUACUUGCAGCACUACUGCAGUACUGCUAGUGUGCUGUUUUACUGCGGCCAUCGAACUGCCCCAGAGCGGCUUCCAAAUUCGAGGCGUAAAUCCCGGAGAGGAGGAGUAGGGCCAAAACCUAGCCACCGCCCGCCCGCGGCGAUGUCGGCGCCCCCGCCCCCGCCCCCGCCUCCGCCGCCGGAGGAGCCCGUCGCCGUCGCCGUCGUCGGCAACGACAAGGUCCUCGCCGCGGCGCAGCACAUCGUCAAGUCGCUCGCUACGUCCAAGAACGCCGCCGACGACAUGAUCCGCAUCCUCUCGGGCUUCGACCACCGCCUGUCGUCCAUCACCGCCGACCUCUUCCCGUCGCCCUCGCCUUCCCACUCCCUCUCCCCCUCCGACGCCGACACCUCGGAGCCCGAGGCCCUCUCCAUGGCCGCCUUCGACGCCGCGGAGCAGCUCAUCCACCUCUGGGACACCACCCCGGAGGCGCUCGUCUUCGACGCCCCCGACGACGCCGCCGCCGCCGACUACCUCGCUGCGGUCGACGUCGCCGUCGACCACCUCGCCGCCGGGAGUCUUGCCGCCACCUCUGGGCGCGCGGGGGUCGCCGUGCAGCUCGCUAUGGCGCGGCUCGAGGACGAGCUCCGGCACCUCAUGCUGCGCCACUCCGUGCCACUGGACGCCAGCGGGCUCUACUGCUCGCUGCGUCGCCUCUCGCUGGAGUCCAUGGACGAUCUCGACGCUUCCUCCGAAUUCGAUCCCACCACCCCGCACAGCCAGGAGGGCGCACCAGAUACCGCCCGCAGCGCCAGUCUGGUGGGGAACCCGUUUGACGACCAGCUCUUCGACUUAGUGCGGCCGGAUGCUGUUGACGAGUUGCGCGCCAUUGCUGAACGGAUGGGGCGCGCUGGGUAUGAAAGUGAGCUCAUGCAGGUGUAUUGUGGCAUCCGCCGUGACCUACUUGACGAGUGCCUCGUGGUUCUGGGUGUCGAACGGCUCAGCAUCGAUGAGGUGCAGCGUGUGGAGUGGAAGCAAUUGAAUGACAAGAUGAAGAAAUGGGUGCAUGGGGUCAAGACGGUUGUCCGUUCCCUGCUGACAGGUGAACGCCGGCUCUGUGAUCAGGUGCUUGCAGUGUCCGAUGAGCUGCGGGAUGAGUGCUUUGUUGAAUCCACCAAGGUUUGCAUAAUGCAGAUUCUUAACUUUGGGGAUGCCGUGGCUGUGUGCCCUCGAUCGCCAGAGAAGGUUUCCCGGAUUCUUGACAUGUAUGAGGCACUUGCUGAGGUAAUCCCUGAACUGAAGGAGCUGUUCUUUGGGACUCCUGGGGAUGAUGUUAUCUGUGAUUUGGAGGGGGUCCUUGGGAGGCUUGGGGAUGCAGUGAAGGGAAACCUUCUUGAGUUUGGGAAGGUUCUACAGCAGGAGUCAUCACGACGACCUAUGAUUGCUGGUGAGAUCCACCCAAUCACACGCUAUGUGAUGAACUAUCUUAGGUUGUUGGUCGUUUACAGUGACACUCUUGACAAACUCCUGGAUGAUGCUGCUGCUGGAGAUUUAGAUCACAAUGCUUCACAUGGAGGUGCUGAUGAGGAUGAGGAUUAUCUGGAGAGCUUGACUCCACUUGGACGCCGUUUGGUGAAGCUGAUGUCCUAUUUGGAGGCCAAUUUGGAGGAAAAAUCUAAACUUUACGAUGAUGGUGCACUGCAGUGUAUUUUUUCCAUGAAUAAUACACUGUACAUUGUCCAAAAGGUGAAAGAUUCCGAGCUUGGGAGGGUUUUAGGUGAGCAUUGGACACGGAGGCGCCGUGGGAAGAUUCGGCAAAACUCGAAGAGCUACCUUAGGAUAUCAUGGACCAAGGUUUUGUCUUAUCUCAAGGACGAUGGCUAUGGCAGUGGGGGUGGAAGUAGUCUUGGGAAUUUGAGUUCGAGGGUCAAGGAGAAAUUUAAGAACUUCAACAUGGCAUUUGAUGAGAUAUACAGGAGUCAAACGCUCUGGAAGGUACCGGAUCCUCAACUCCGCGAAGAGCUCAAGAUAUCUAUAUCUGAAAAUGUGAUUCCAGCAUAUCGUGCUUUUCUGGGGAGAUAUGGUAGUCUAGUGGAUAAUGGAAGGAAUUCAGGAAAAUACAUAAAGUACACUGCAGAGGACUUGGAGAAUCAGCUGUCUGAUCUGUUUGAAGGGUCACUAGGGUCUGCCAACCAUUCCAGGAGGAGGCUGUAGUUCCCUUUGAUGGUAUUUGGUUACAGGUAUGGUCUUGUUACAAGUGAUAGUAUAUUGCUGAACUGCUGGCGGAACCACAUGCAUUGAAUUGGUGCUUGGCCAUAGUUCUUAUGGUGCUGCAAUACCACAGGAGUCCACAGGAGGAUCCUUUGGUUUUAUAAAUCAGAUCAAUGUGUACCGGAAAUAAUGUACGUGUAUUGUUUUUUCAGUGUACAAGUAUCUUUGUACAUUUCAGUGUCCAAGAUCUAGGAAUUUGGCACUAUCUAGAGAGCCACUUCGUGGAAUAGAUUGAACAUGUUAUAUGUGUGUACUGUUGGAGAACAUAUAACAUACUCCGUAUUGCAGAAGAUAUGAAAAGAGGGCAUGUUUAGGCCCAAACAGAAAGGAAUAGAUUUUGAAAUUUGCAAACUCGGAUAUGAUGUGAUUCAAACAUAUCUUAUGAAGUCCUUGAAAUUAAAGACCCCGCUGCAGAACUGACCACAUUGCAAAAUCUGGUUGAUCGUAA